GCCAUGAUCAAGAAGUUCGACAAGAAAGAUGAGGAGUCCGGUAGCGGCUCGAACCCGUUCCAACAUUUGGAGAAAAGCGCGAUCCUUCAGGAGGCCCGCAUUUUCAACGAGACGCCCAUCAAUCCACGGAGAUGCCUGCACAUACUAACCAAGAUCCUUUACUUGCUGAACCAGGUCAGCAACCCCUUGGAAAAAUUCAGCUUUUCAUUCCGGGUCUUUCCGCAGCAAACCUUACGGAGAAUGUGCUACCUGACCAUCAAAGAGAUGGCCAACAUUUCCGAGGACGUGAUCAUCGUCACCAGCAGCCUAACGAAAGAUAUGACGGGGAAAGAAGACCUUUAUCGAGGCCCUGCGAUUCGCGCGCUCUGUCGGAUCACGGAUGGAACGAUGCUCCAGGCCAUCGAGAGAUACAUGAAGCAAGCCAUAGUCGACAAAGUCCCCAGCGUCUCCAGUUCCGCCUUGGUGUCAUCCUUGCAUAUGAUGAAGGUCAACUACGAUGUGGUCAAGCGGUGGAUCAAUGAAGCCCAGGAAGCUGCUUCCAGUGACAACGUCAUGGUGCAGUACCACGCUCUUGGUUUGCUCUACCACCUGAGAAAAAAUGACCGCCUCGCCGUUUCCAAGAUGCUGAACAAAUUCACCAGAUCCGGAUUGAAGUCCCAGUUUGCCUACUGCAUGCUGAUCCGAAUUGCCAGUCGUCUCCUGAAGGAGUCCGAGGAGGGGCACGACAACCCCCUCUUUGAUUUCAUCGAAAGCUGCCUGCGCAACAAGCACGAGAUGGUGAUUUACGAGGCUGCCUCGGCCAUCAUCCACCUCCCCAAUUGCACAGCCCGGGAACUGGCCCCGGCAGUCUCAG